AUGACUCCGCCUCCUUCUAUCGGAAACUACGCAUCAGGGAUCCAGAACAACAACAACAGCUCGGGCCAGCAAUUUGUCGGUGGGACAUUUAAUGGGCCUUUUAUCUUCCAUGAAGUGACCGAUCCACGCCACGUCAAGACGAACAUCCAUGAGACCAGGGGGAAUGUUCUCAAAGAGUCCUACGAAUGGAUCCUCCACCACUCCCGAUUCCAGUCUUGGCGCGACGACAACCACAGCCAGGUCCUUUGGGUCAAGGGCGACCCCGGGAAAGGCAAGACGAUGCUACUCUGUGGCAUCAUCGACGAGCUUCGCCCGACCACGAAGCUAGAAGAUUCCCAAGCUAAGACUUGCCUAUCGUUCUUUUUCUGCCAAGGCACCGACCCCAAGCUGAGCAAUGCUUGUGCUGUCCUGCGUGGUUUGAUUUAUAUGCUCGUGAAGCAGCAGCCAUCACUUCUUUCACAUGCGCAGGAGAGAUUUAUGGACACCGGCGAGCCUCAUUUUGGAGAAGCGGAAGCAUGGGCUGCGUUGUGCAAUAUGUUCUUGGAUAUCCUGCGUGAUCCCAGCCUGGACAAGAUCUACAUCGUGGUGGAUGCUCUCGAUGAGUGCGUUCAGGACCAAGACAAGCUCUUGCGAUUGAUUCUCAAGCAGGCGAAAGGCUUACCGCGCCGUAUACGGCUCGAUGACUCGCAAUCCAUACUGAGCCUGGAGCUGCAGGACAAUGCGGAAUCCGUGGCUCUAGCCAUCAAAGCGUACAUCACGAACAGGAUUGCCGAGCUUGAAUCUCUACAGGAUGAUGAUACGUUGUUGGAAUAUGUUCAGCAGAUCCUCCAGAGGAAAGCUGGAGGAACGUUUCUAUGGGUGGCUGUCGUCGUCCAGGAACUCGAGCACGUUGAUAGUUGGAAGGUCCGGAAAGUGGUAAACGACGUCCUUGGGGGAUUGGACGAUCUGUAUGCGCGGAUGAUCGAACAGAUCGAACGAAUGGAGAGCGAUGACAUGAACUACUGCCGACUGAUCCUCUCGGCGACCGCACUGGCCUAUCGACCGCUUCAGCUACUGGAGCUGGGAGUGGUGUCGGAACUUCCACACCAGAUCGCCGGAAAGCCUAAGUACAUAGAGACGUUGAUCAAGAGGAGCGGCUCAUUCCUCACAGUUCGCGACAGAACCAUCUACUUUGUGCACCAGUCUGCUAAGGAUUACCUGGUCGGAAAAGGCAAACCGAGGAUUUUUCCGUCUGGUGAUGUAGUUGUCCAUCGCCGAAUGUUCAGGCAGUCCCUGCAGGUCAUGCAGCAGACGUUGCGGCGGGAUAUGUACAGUCUGCGCGCCCUGGGUACUCAUAUUGACCAGGCGCAGCCACCUGACUCAGAUCCGCUCGCAAUAGCACGUGGCACUGUCGACACGUUUCUUCAAACCCAAUGUCUCUACUGGCUUGAGGCGCUGAGUCUCCUGCGAAGCAUGGCAGAUGGAAUCAUGUCGAUACAGAGACUCAGGGAUCUUCUGAUGAAACGAUCGGUAGCAUCCAGACUGAGCAGCCUCGUCCAAGACACGUAUCGGUUCAUUCUGUACCACCGAGCCGCGAUCGAGAACUACCCACUACAGGCGUACGGAUGUGGGCUUGUAUUUAGUCCAUCGCGGAGUAUGAUCCAGGAGCUUUUCAGGCACGAAAGACCCAAAGGUAUCACAAGGGCACCAGCGAUGGGCGAUGACUGGGAUGCGCACACCGGCGCUUGCCUGCAGACGCUCGAGGGCCAUGACAGCUGGGUCAGAUCAGUGGUGUUCUCCCACGACAGCAGCCGCGUGGCGUCCGGGUCAAGGGAUAAGACGAUCAAGAUCUGGGAUGCGCACACCGGCGCCUGCCUGCAGACCCUGGAGGGCCAUGACAGCUAUGUCACCUCAGUGGUGUUCUCCCACGACAGCAGCCGCGUGGCGUCCGGGUCAAGGGAUAAGACGAUCAAGAUCUGGGAUGCGCACACCGGCGCCUGCCUACAGACCGUUGAUAUCGGCUCUGCGAUAUUCAAUCUCUCCUCCGACGCUACUGGCUUUUCACUUUAUACUGAUACUGGAAUCAUCGCCUUACGCGACUCACCGACCCCUGCUCCUACUCCUUCAACAGCAGGCGCCGCUUCAGACCUCCAAUCACUGUCAGCCAGUCAACCGCCGCAGACCCCUGAGUACCGAGGUUACGGUAUCAGUUCUGAUUCGCUCUGGAUCACAUGGCAGUCGCAGAACUGGCUAUGGCUGCCUCCCAUGUAUCGCCCUAUCUGCUCUGCCGUAGGACAGUCUGGGUUAGAGUUGGUACUUGGCUGCCGUUCUGGACGCGUGCUGAUCUUUCGCUUCGCGGAUGAGGACCGCAGCUGA